AUGGUUGUUCGUGCAGUACAUGCCGAUCCUUGUGGAGUUGAGGAACAAUCCAUGCAUCCAUCCUUUUAUAGUACAUAUUUGGAAUAUCUUACAGUAUUUGAUUGGAGUGCAAACUUGGGUUAUGAUAUGGGUUUAUAUUUCAGCGAGCGACGGUAUGAAUACGAAGGAAUAAUACCCUACUUUGAUGCCGUGAUAUUAAUUGGAUUAUUAGUUUCGUCAUUCUAUAUUUUCACCAUUGGUGGCAGGAGAUGGCGUUCGGGGCCGCAUAUAAUUGAUGUCGUAUUGGACUUAGUUCUAUUCCUGCUUUUUUUGUCAUCAGGUGUAACAAAUCUUUAUCCCACGUUUGUAAACAAUAUCAGUCCAUUCAAAUGCGCUAUUGAAAAUUACGACUCCAAUCGAUGCCUGUUCAGAUUGUUGAACAAAUACCUUGGCUGGGCAUUGGCUGUUCUCUAUCUAAUAAUGUUCUUCAUUUCCCGCUUUACCUACAAACACCGUCGGGCAAAUGCUGAACCAAUAAAACCCCAUUCAUUCUCCCCAGAUAUACCUGGCGCAACUGAGGUUGUAGAUGCAUCUGACGUAGAUAAGUCAAGAAAACCUUUUAAUAGUACAGGAAAAAAGGGUUUCUAUGAAAGUGGAUCUUUCCAAGGGUCAACAAAUUUCAGUGAUAAUACGAGUGCAUUCGGAGUGGGAGAAUCCAAAGAUUAUUACGAAUCGCAUGACGGUUAUUAUAUCUCAGACACAAAAGUCAACAAAGGUUACGGUUCAUCAAGCACUCCACCGCUGCCAUCUAUAUCACCAAGUUCUCAACACUCGUCAUCGACAUCACCACAGAAUCAUGGAUUUAAUAAUUACAAUUAUAAUACCGAAUCAAGAAAUAUGAGUUUUUCUUCAGCCUCAACGCAACAACAGAAUCGACCCCCAUUACCACAGCAUCAUAGUUACGGUCCAGUUGUACCACAAAACGUUCAAUACGCGGAAACGCGUUAUAAUAAUACACAAAAUCCCGAAUAUCAAUAUGUGCGUGGGACCCGGCAGUAUUAUUAUCAAGAAGCACAGGAAAAUCGGCCGUAUCAACAAGGGGUACAAAAUACUCCUUACCAACAACAAUAUCAAGAAGAAUCUCAAAAUAUACAGCCAACAACAACAUUAGCCUCAUAA